AUGGCCGCAGAGGAAGAUCCCGCAAUAAUCUUGCUUCGGCGCCACUGCUCUGCUAGUCUUCCCCCACCAGUUUUCACCUACGAAGAGCUUGAGUCCUCGACCAAUCGGUUCGACUUGAAGCUCAAAAUUGGAGAUGGAGGAUUUGGUUCAUUGUAUUUAGGCCAGCUCUGCGAUGGCCGAGUUGUUGUAGUAAAACAUCUCCACAAGCAUAAUAGCACAACAGCUGCUAGAGCUAAGGGAUUCUCAACUAAGUCAUUUUGCAAUGAAAUCUUGAUUUUGUCAUCAACUUAUCAUCCAAAUUUAGUCAAGCUUCAUGGCUAUUGCUGUGAUCCAAGAGGCCUCCUCUUGGUGUAUGAUUAUGUGCCCAAUGGCAUUUUAUCUAUUCAUCUCCAUGGUAAGAAGAGUUUGUAUCAGAAAAGGGGCAUUAACAUGGAAUACAAUAGUCGAUAUCGCCCUGCAAAUCGCCAUGGCCAUUGA